AUGAUUUCUCAUUGCCCAGCCAAGGAGUGGAUUUUUCCAUGGAAUUUCACCCGGCAGGUGUCCAAUUUGCAAGCAACCAGUGCAGAGCUUCCAGCGGGUCCGAGUCCUAGAGCGCCUAGGGCCAUGCAGACGGGCCAGCGGGGCAUGGUCAACGCCCUGCUGCAGACCCAGGUGCGCAGAGAAGUCCCAGGGCUGGGACCGUUUUCGGUGAAAGUGCCAGAAAUCGGAUGGAGAAAGCUUGCACGUGUUCCACCCAGAGUGGCAGACGGCAGCAUGCCACGGGGUCGGCAGUAUAGCACCACCUUCAAGACAACGACCAUGAGAAUUUUCGGUCAGGGACCUGAGGUGGUGAUGACGAAAUCACUUUUCCCAUCCAAACCUGCACACGCGCGGGAGAUGUUGGGUGGCCGAGUGGCUGAUGCCAUGUAUGAGGGUUAUGGAAACUAUGAGUACGAGGAGACUGGCGACUACUACCAGCAAGAUUGGAUGUACUACAUGGACGAGAUUGAGACCACCGAUACGGGCUCGUAUACUCCAUCGGAAGUUGAGACCAUGGAAGCCUAUUUGGACUCCCAUGGCGCCACUCCAACGGUGAAUGGCUCGGGGACCCCAUGGCGCUCGGUUGGAUUUCUGGGCCCUAUGGUGAAUGACUCCAUGAAAUCCAAGACCACUUUCAGUGCGGGACAGUUUGCCACCAGUCCUUGUGGCCCCAGCGCGGCCACCGCCGUGCCGGGCACGGAGCCCAUGAAGAUCCAACUUCCAGCGGAAGCACGUGGCUUGCCGCCGCUUCAUCCGAGUUUGCCCGCCAAGAAGAUGCCCAAGUUCGCCAAGGAGUUCGGUGGCCAAAACCGCAACUUGGACCCCACCUUGCCGGCCAAGAAGCGGCUGCCACAGGUGACCUGGAUGCACAUGGUGACAGGUGGCCCAGAUGACAUGCGAAACGUUGGGGACUUGGGGUUUUUGAACUGCUUUUGGUUGAAGAUAUCUGAAGAUGUCUAA